AUGGUGGGCCUGAGGUGUCUCAGCCGCCUGGCGGGCCCCCUCCUGCGGUCCCCCAGCCGGCGCGUUCUCUUGGCUAGCCUGUCCGGCGCCCCCCAGGGGCAGGGUGAGGCCGUGCACCUGCCGGUGGGCCAGCUGUACGGCGGGCGUUACACAGUGACCCAGAUCCCUGGUGACGGGGUGGGUCCCGAGCUGAUGGGCCACGUGGAGCGGGUGCUGGCGUCGGCCCGGGCGCCGGUGGAGUUCGAGGUGGCGCGGGUGGACAGCGGCUCGCCGGGCCGGCGGGGGUUGGGCGCCGCCAUCCGGGCGGUGGGCCGCAACGGGGUGGCGCUGAAGGGCAACUUCGAGUCGGCCGCUGACACGGUCCCGGGGCACCGCCGCUCCCUCAACGUCCACUUCCGCAACGAGCUGGGCCUCUUCGCCAGCGUCAACCACUACCGCAGCCUGGAGGGGGUGUGCUCGGCGGCGGCGGCCCGGUGCGGGCGCGACCGGGCCCCGGACAUGGACGUGGUGGUGAUCCGGGAGACCACCGAGGGGGAAUACGCCCACUUGGAGCACGAGAGCGUGCCGGGGGUGGUGGAGAGCCUGAAGAUCAUCACCCGCCGGCGCUCCCUGCGGCUGGCGGAGUUCGCCUUCAGCUACGCCCGGAGGAACGGCCGGCGCCGGGUGACCGCAGUCCACAAGGCCAACAUCAUGAAGCUGGCGGACGGCCUGUUCCUGGAGUGCUGCCGGCGGGUCUCGGAGGGCUACCCCGAGGUGGGGUUCGACGCGGUGAUCGUGGACAACGCCACCAUGCAGCUGGUGAGCCAGCCGGGCCAGUUCGACGUGCUGGUCACGCCCAACCUCUACGGGGUGGUGGUGAACAACAUCUGCGCCGGGCUGGUGGGCGGGCCCGGGCUGGUGCCGGGGGCCAGCUACGGGCGCCGCUGCGCCGUCUUCCAGACCGCCAUCCGCAACACCGCGCCGGGGCUGGCCGGGCGGGACGCCGCCAACCCAGUGGCCAUGCUGCUGGCUUCCUGCCUGAUGCUGGAGCACCUCCGGCUGGGGGCCCACGCCGAGCUGAUACGCCGCGCGGUGCUGCGCACCCUGACCCGCGACCGGGUCCGCACCCGCGAUGUGGGCGGCAACGCCAGCUCCACCCGGGUGGUGGACCACGUGAUCAAGCUGAUCAAGGAGGAGGUGCCCGACCGAGGACACUGA